AGGUCCCUCAGCCGCUCCCAUCACACUUGUGCUCCAGCCCCUCACCAGCUCCUUUCUCUUCUCUCAACUCGCUCCAGCACCUCAAGGAAUUUCUUGGCAUGAGGGGCCCAAAACUGCCCCAAGUAUUUGAGGUUUGGCUUCCCCAGUACCCAGUCCAUGGGUCGGUCACUGCCCUGGUCCUGCUGUCCAUGGGGCUGUGUGGUUCUGCAGGGGCUGGAUGGGACAAAUCCCCAACAUUCGGUGUCAGGAUGAGGCUUCCCGGGCUCAGGCCAGGUUGGGGUCACUCCGGGGAGGGUUUGUUGCCAGCAGCAGGCAGACAGGAGUGUGUCGGGGCUGUGAUGCCAGGUACUGGGCAGGUCCCUUUGCAAACCCCACAGCGUCUGGUGGGAAAACAGAGAUUGGAGAGGGGUUUGGGCCGUACCCAGUUCUUUGGUGUUUGAUAAGCAUUCGCCAUGUCCAAUGACCGGACUGAAAUUCCUGAUCAUCUGGAGGAUGAGCAGUUCCCGUCCACCCUCAUGGGGAAGAGGCAACAUCCCAGCUGGGGGGCACCAGCAGCUCCAGACCGUGGCAGCUCCGCAGAGGCCGUCUCGGGGCUUUUUUCAGUGCACCCUGGAGUUCGUGGUGGUUGUUUUUAUUAGGGUGUCCAAAGCCCGUUUUAAGUUGUCUGAGAGCACCCCCUCCUGGGCAUGGCAGAAAAGCACCGAGGAGAAAACUGAAGGAAGAGCUGCUGCUGGGUGUUCUGGGCCAUCUUGCCUAAAUCAGCGUCUUGAAGGUGGCUCUGCAUCCUGCCAGGUGCCUGACAGGCGGUACGGAGACACCCAGAAGGAAAGGACACUGUUUUCCCACUCUGAAAUCAGGCAGAGCAAACAUGGGAGAAGAUGGACGAGCUCGGGGACCUUUCCAGCUAUGUGAGUUUAUUUUGACAGUGUGGGACUUCUCCAGCCGAAGUGAAAUUCCACAGUUCUCUCCAGGCUUAGCAGCUGCUCUGCACUGAAGUAGACACACACUUAGACAGCAGCCUUGACAAAGCCCAUGCAGAAGGUUUCAGUGUUUUAAGCCAUGAGGCGUGUGGGCUUUCCAAAGAGGUUUGAAACUCCCCCGGGGGCAGCCGAGCCCCGGGCCCGCUGGGGACUCCAUUUCCCAGCACCGGCGAGAGAAGGGCCGGGCCGGGCCGGGCCGGGAAGGGCCGGGCGGGGCCGCUGCGGGCGGGGCCGGGGCUGCCGUGAGCCCGGGGCCCGGGACGAGGCGGCCAUGGCCACCAGCCCCGCGCGCGCUGGGGGCCUUGGGCGCGAGGGCGCCCCGUGUCGCGGCCACGGGACGCGGAGCGGCGGCGGUUGGUGCGGCCGGUGCGGUCGGUGCCGUUUGUGCGGUUGGUGCGGUCGCUGCGGUUGGUGCCGCGGCGGCUGCUCCGUCCUGCAGCAUCGCGGGAGGUGCUGUUCAUCCCGGCGACUUGUGCGUUUGGAGACUUCGGUUGACGCCUUGAGCUACUGGAGAGUGUGCAGAGAAGAGCAAGAGAGCUGGUCGGCGUGUGGACGCGACCAAGGAUCUUCGGUCCCCCCCUGGGGGUUGACAUCGGAGGAAUCUGCGGAGAGACCGUCUUGAGCAAGGGAAAGCCCGGCUCUUGCGAUGGCUACGCAAGCCAAGAGAGGUUUAAGUGGCUCUAUGGAUGACACCCUUGAGGACCUUUUGAGAUAUGAUGUUGAACCCCGUUGUACAGCCGGUGGGAGAGCCUUGAAGACCAGCAUGCGGGUCACCAAGGAGUUGCCUGCGGAGGUUUGCAAUGUCCCUGGAGAGGACAAGGCAGCUGCAGGGGUGAGCCCUGAUGUGGGGAGAGAACCUGGAUGUCCUGAGGGCUGGGGCUGAGGUGUCUGGCAUCACUGGCAGGGGCAAAAAGCCAGGAGAGGGGAGUGGGUGGCUGGUGGGAGACGGGCUUCCAGGUACCGAGGAUGGAGCAGAGCCCGGCAGCACCCGCUGCUGCAGCCCGGCCUUCCUGGGUGCGCUUCGGCUCCAGCGUCGUAGGAAGAGCCCUCAGCCAAAGCAAUGGCCAUGGGUGUUCCUGACGCUUCUCCCAGAGGCAGUAGCAGGAUCUCAGCACAGGACUCAGGGCUCAGAGCGUUUCAAGUACCAAAAUCCCCCCCGUCUCAGCCCCCGUGCACUGCAGCCGCGGCCCCAGCACCAGCCUCCCAAGGGAGAAGCAGUGCUGAGGCAUCCGCAGCGCUCGCCCUGUGCCCGUCCUCAUCCUCUUGCUUUCCAGGACAAGGACGACUGGGACUGGGAUUUCCUGGGGACAUCGAAACCCAGUUCUGGCCCAGGGAAGAUGCCCGUGAAACGUGGCACUGAGCGCAGCUCUGAGACAACAGCAGAACAGAGCAGCAGGAAAGAGCUGCCCCCACGCCAGACGCCCCUGCGCACCGUGGCCCCGGUCCAGAGGAGGAAGACGUCGAUGUUCGAAGAUGCUGAAGACGACGACCUGUUGGAUGUGCUGAGACGUGGCAAAGGCCCAAAAAAAGAAGAGGAGCUCCGGCCAGCGUGCUCCACGCUGGACGACUUGUUCGGACGAGGCUCCGCGGCCAAAGUCCUGGAAAAGCCAGGUACGGGAGAGCAUAGGGAGUUCAAAGUGGAUAAAAACUCCCAGAAGCAGGCAGAGGAGGAAGAGCGCGGGGACAAGAAGGAGCUUGUCUUCGGAGAGUACAAGCCCUCGAUGGGCUCCAGGCCCGCGGUCCAGCCGGCGAUGGGGCAGUUGGUGAGGUUUUCUGCCAACAGCAGCAGCGAAACAAACCCAGAGCCCCGCUCCACACCUCGUCCUCCCCGCAGACGGAACCCCGUGCGGAGGAGAAGGGCCGGAGACGACUGGCUGGGCUGGGAGGAUGAGGAUUUCAUGGACCCCGCCAGCCAGCUCGGGGCUGCAGAGGAGGCAGCACCUAAACCCGACCCAAUGGACUGGCUGAUCGAUGCCUUGGCUCGCAGGAGAGCCGAAGAACAGGCCAAGGCACAGGAGACAAAGGCCGAGCCCACGGAGACCCAGGAGAAGAAAGCCAAGCGCUCAGAGACUGAGGAGAAAAAGGCCGAGCCCUCGGAGGCCCAAGAGAAAAAGAACGAACCCUCGGAGGCCCAAGACACAACGGCCGAGCCCUCAGAGACCGCGGGCGAAGGGCCGGGUCCCCGCUCUCCCGGCAGCCAGCUGGCCGCCUCCCCAGCAGCAUCGGACUGUCGGGCAGAGCUGCUGAGCGCCCAGGCCCGUGUGGCAGAGCUGGAGAGCCAGGUCCGGAUGCUGGAGGAGGAGCGGGCGCAGCAGAAAGUGUUAUUGGAGAGUGCCCAGCGGCAGCACCAGGAGCACCUGGAUGUCCAGGAGAGCAGCCACAGGACCUCAGUGAACGUAAUGAAGGACAACUAUGAGCAGCAGGUGGAGAUGCUGCGGCGGCAGAACGAGCAGCUGGUGGCUCAGCUGCGGCAGGAGCGGCAGGACACGGCGCGGGAUCGGGCAGAGCUGCUGGCACAGCACCGGCUGGAGCUGCAGCAGCUGCGGGAGCAGCACCGGCUGGAGCUGCAGCAGCUGCGGGAGCUGCAGAGGGAGUCUGUCGAGGAACUGCGCAAGAAACACGAGGAGCAGCUCCAGCACAUCAAGUGGCUGAAAGAGAGAGAGAUGGAUGUGCUGACCGGCACCAUUACACACAUGAGGUCUCUGGACAGCAUCACUGAGAGGAUGGAGAAGUUCUCCAGUGACCUGCAGAACGUGUGCAGGAGGAGCAUGGAGGAGGAGCAGAGCCGUGUCCAGGAGCUGGUGGCCAACACGCAGGCCAGGCUGGGCGAGCAGACUUGGCUGCUGGAGCAGGAGCGGGCAGAGCUGAAGAUCCAGCGCCAGGAGCUGAAAGCCAAGGAGGAGCAGCUGGCGAGAGACAGGCAGAGGCUGGACGAGGCCUGGCAAGAAAUGCGGCUGGAGAAGGAGAAGGUGAUCGGGGCCAUGCAACCUGUCCAGAAGCAGCAGGAGAUGAUUAGAAGCACAAAGGAGCUCUUGGCCCAGAAGCACGCAGAGGGGGAGCGAGCCCUGGGGGAGGCACGCAGGAUGCAGUCCGAGUUCUGGGACAAGCUGCAGGUCCUGCAGCAGCAGGAGGAGCAGCUGAAGCAGCGGGAGGAGCAGCUGAGGCAGGAGAAGGAGCAGCUGAGGCAGGAGAAGGAGCAGCUGAAGCAGCAGAAGGAGCAGCUGAGGCAGGAGAAGGAGCAGCUGAAGCAGUUGCAGGAGCAGAUGAAUCAGCAACAGGAGCAGAUGAAGCAACAGCUGGAGCAGAUGAAGCAGCAGCCAGAGCAGCUGAAGCAGCAGCUGCAGCAGCUGAAGCAGGAACAGGAGCAGCUGAAGCAGGAAAAGGCCUCCGUAUCUUCCAUGUUCAGUGCCCAGAUGCAGCUGCUGAAGUUCCAGGCCCAGCAGGGGAACAAAGAGUUAGAGACGCAGAGAAUCUUCUUGGAGAACCUGAAGAAAUUACGAUACAACAUUUCACGGCUGUCAACAACCCCUCCAUCCUCCUCCCGUUCUGUGGACGAUACCAUUGAGUAUACACAUGCAUUAAUAGGGGCCCUGAGGAAAGCAUCUCCACCUGUGCAAGUAGUCAAUCUGUCCUCCAUUCUCCGGCCUCCCAUUACUUUCAAGACCCUUUAAUCAGGCUCUGCCCCAGUGUCCAUUCUGUCAGCUCUGCUUCUGACAUGACUUGUAAUAACAUCGGAUGUGAGACUGUGGGUACGCGUUAGAGGCCUCAAGGACUGCAGGAGUUCGCUUGGACACUUCACCUCUGCCCGCGUCCCGACCGUCCUCCCUUCUCUGGAUGAAGAGAAGCCGCUAAAUUAAUGUGGACUCUGAGACCGCGCAGCAGCGGCUGAGCACGGCUCACCAGAGGAGAUGGAGUGAACAGCCCCGCGAGGAGCUGCCCGACCGCCCUGUGACACCGCUGACCGCAGCCCAGGACCUCGGCGCCCCGACUGAGGG